CACACCAGGAGCCAGCAGCGCUUCUCUCAUGCCAGCAGAAGCGCACUGGCCGGAGCGGCACAUUGUACAUAGUCGCGCGCUCCGCCAAAAGUGUAUAUCGCUGUACAUAUGAAUUAUCAUCAGCAUAGCCAACAAACAAACAGAAGUUUCCUUCACUGUUAGCACGAGGAAUGACUUGUACAUGCAAAUGUAAAAACCAUUUGUGCUGUGGAAAGAGGUGGAAAUUAUUCACGAGUUAAAGAUCAUUUAAAGGUAUCGCUGCGCUUAAGCACACACACAAACCGGCAUCAUGGUGAUCAUGACGGACAGCAGAACGGGCUCUCACUUAAGUUGUGCCCAGGCGAGGCCUCUUCAGGUCGGCUUCUACGAGAUCAUCAGAACCCUCGGCAAGGGGAACUUUGCUGUGGUGAAACUGGCCAGACACAAAGUAACGAAAACACAGGUUGCGAUUAAAAUAAUUGAUAAAACAAGACUGAACUCUGCUAAUUUGGAGAAGAUCUACAGGGAGGUUCAGAUCAUGAAGCUGCUUAAUCACCCUCACAUCAUAAAGCUCUAUCAGGUCAUGGAGACCAAAGAUAUGCUGUACAUCGUGACAGAGUAUGCAAAAAACGGAGAAAUGUUUGACUAUCUGACGUCUAAUGGAAGGAUGAGUGAAAACGAGGCUCGUAAGAAGUUUUGGCAGAUUCUGACGGCGGUGGACUACUGUCACAGGCACCACAUAGUCCACAGAGAUCUCAAAACUGAAAACCUGCUGCUAGAUGCCAACAUGAACAUCAAGCUGGCAGACUUUGGAUUUGGAAACUUCUAUAAUGCUGGGGAACCUCUCUCCACGUGGUGUGGAAGUCCGCCAUAUGCUGCCCCAGAGGUCUUUGAGGGGAAAGAGUAUGAGGGGCCACAGUUAGACAUUUGGAGUCUAGGUGUGGUUCUGUAUGUGCUGGUUUGUGGGUCACUGCCCUUUGAUGGGGACAGCCUUCCAGCUCUGAGACAAAGAGUGACAGAGGGCCGCUUCAGAAUACCAUUCUUCAUGUCACAAGACUGUGAAAAUCUCAUUCGCAAGAUGCUGGUUGUCGAUCCAGCCAAGAGAAUUAGCAUUUCUCAGAUCAAGCAACACCGCUGGAUGCUUGCAGAUCCCAGUGCACCCCACCAGACCCUUUCUCUGUCCCUUACUGACUACAACUCCAACCUAGGAGACUACAGUGAACCCGUCUUGGGCAUCAUGCAGACCCUUGGCAUUGACCGACAAAGGACUGUGGAGUCUCUCCAGAACAGCAGCUACAAUCACUUCUCAGCAAUCUAUUACCUGCUGCUUGAAAGAGUGAAGGAGCACCGCAGCCAACAGAUCAGUCGCCAAUGUGGGGCCUGGAAUCAGAGGUCGAGGACAGCAUCUGAUUCCUCCACCCCAGAGGUGAUCAUGGAGUCAUCUGACAGCUUCAGAAACUCUGCCUUCCCUGUCGCCACUAAGGUGAAUGCUCCUAUCCAUUCAGAGAUGGAAUGUGAACAAGGAGGUCUGUUUCAGCGCGUGGUAUGCCCAGUGGAAGCCAGCCUGAAUGGACUCCUGUGGAACAGAUCUAUCUCCCCAAACAGCCUGCUGGAGACCACCAUUAGCGAGGAGGUGCGACCUCAUGACCUAGAGGAGGAAGAGGGUAUACUGCAGGUUCAGCCACCCCAUCUGCCAAGCACCACCUCCCGAAGACACACUCUUGCAGAGGUCUCCACCAGUCGAUUCCACCAGUGCAGUCCACCCUGUAUCGUGGUUAGCCCCUCAGAUGGUGCAUCUUCUGACAGCUGUCUGAAGUCCUCCUCAAACAUCAACCCACCUCUCUCCCCAGUUGUAGGGGAUUUUUCCUCACUGCUCAUCUCCACUACUGGACCAGGGGCCUUAGGCCCUGCUGGGACACCCCUUGCUCUUUCCUCCAACUUGCUUUUGCAGAACCAAGGGAGCAUGCUUGCAGCCAGCUUCCAAGAGGGCCGUAGGGCAUCAGACACCUCCCUUACACAGGGGCUGAAAGCAUUCAGACAGCAGCUGAGGAAGAACACUCGUGCGAAAGGCUUAUUGGGGUUAAACAAAAUCAAAGGUUUGGCCCGACAAGUGUGCCCACCGUCCUCAUGCUCCAGAGGCAGCCGAGGGUCGCUUGGUCCAACUAUGUGCCCUCCCUCAAGCCUCCAGAGUUCUAGUGGGCCCCGUGAACGCCGCAGCAUGUUGGAGGAAGUUCUGCUCCAGCAGAGAAUGCUGCAGAUUCAGCACCAGCCUCAGCCCCAAGUCCAAUUUCUCUCACAGUCUCACCCUUCAUCUCCUCCCUCCAACAAUCUCUUUGCUCCAGCUGCUCUGUUUUCCAACCCCCCAACUCAACCAAUUCUCCCUCCGUGCCAGAAGACCUCCAUCGCCUUCCAGCACAACCUGUGGCAAAAACAGCAGUCUUUUGACUCCUCUUCCUCAUCGCUAUCACCAGUGGCAUCUGCUGCCCAUCUGUUGGAGGCACGUCUGCACAUCAGCCAACGUUCACAUCUCCACCUCCAGUCCCCACAGCACCUGCAGAUCCAGCCUAACCUCCCAUCCCAGGGGCCUUUUUCUCUCCUGCCCCACCCAGGCAGUUGGAGCCUGAGCACCAGCACAGAACCCGAGUCUGAUGUCCAGGAGCUGAUUUGUGCCAGUCAAAAACAACAACUCAGCAACUGUGUCAUGGUCAAGUAAAGAAGUUAAAGACCUUGAUGAAGAAGUGUGACUCUUUCUCUACCACUCUAGAGUCUAGAGUGAACCAAUUGACAAUGGUGUUGAGCAUCAGAGCCAGAAGGCAUCUCGUUUUGAUGAUGCUCUCAGAAGGUUUCCAAUGCAAAGGAGAGACAUUUAUACUCUCUCUGGACACACAAUUCCAAAGCUCUGUCUGUAUGUGUUGGAAUGACCAGAGAAAAUAAGAAGCAAUAACAAACCUCUUCAUUGAGCCCAUGAUCCUUGCUAGGUGCUCCUGUCCAAACAGCAAUAAAGGACAGGUUGUACUAAACAAGAAACUGAAGAGUGUGAGUUUUCAUCCAUUUGCGAGUGGGUCCACUCAUAUAUAAAGCUGGCCUCCGUAAUCAUAUGUCAGAGACACUUGUUUAUCCUUUUUUAAAGUAUGAAAAUAGGACAAUGUCUUCCUUACAGAUUUUUUUCCAAGGAUUUCCUUUCAAGUCCUUUUGUUUGUUUGUUUUUCACAUCUCCAGAGAAGACCAAAGUUGAUUGCUUUUUUGCCUUUCUAGAAUUUAGUGAAACAAAAUGCAGUAUCUGACUUAUCCCAAACUUCCAAAACCAUCAACAAAUGCUGUCAUUUCAUCUGUAAUGUGAGACUGUGCACAAUACUAGCCAUCCUAUGCCUCCAAUGACUUGUGUGCAACGAAGAGGCGCCUUAGUAUGAAAGAAAAGCUAGACAUAAGCACAAGAGGUACUGCAUAGUGUUCACUUAGACCAGCUCUUUGAGCUUUUACUGUCUCUGGCAAUGACUUAAAUGCUGCUUCAUGUUUUGUCACAUCCAUACAAAGACACUAGACAAUUGUAAUCAAACAAAUGUGCACCUACCAAUGUUUUAAUGAUUUUAGAACCGAUAUAUUUGUUCAGUUUUGGUCUCUCAAGACUCUUUCGUCAGUUCACUACCUCCUCCAUAACUGUUCAUUCAACUCAGAAGGCUGUAUCUCAACACAAACUGUAUGAGAAUAAGUUUGACCUUGACAUCUGACCUUUAUUAAUGGUGUAAAUUAGCUUGAUUUUAAUCUCUUUUUUAACAGUGAACAAAGUAUAUGCGAAUAGUGCAAUAUUUCACAUUGAAAUGUAGAGCCAGGAGAGUAAGCUGUUGUAGGAAAGCAAAAGGUACUUCAUGUCAGAUGACGUUAUUUCAUUCUUUCUUUUUUAGAGCAUGAUUUUUUUUUAUUUGAUAUGAUUAUACGUACGAGAAUAUUUUAAUGAUGUAUUCAUGAGCAUAGGAAAUAAGAGCCUGGUCAUUUUAUACAGCUUGUUUUCUUCAUGACACAGGUUGCCUUUGCGCCUAGGCUGGCUUUGUAGAAUGACAGAACUAGAAAAAUAACAGGAAAAGCCAAAGAGAGAGCACAGGGAAGAUCAAGAGCAACAUUCUUUUUUUUUUUUUCUACAGACCCACAGUGGUCAGAUGCUCUCAUUUUAUUAAACUGUAGCGUGUUCAAGUCUCCCAGAAACAGUUUUAUUGCUCAGAUGUAGGAAGUAGCUGCCUCCUCUAGCUAAAAAAUAUUUGAUAAGCAAUCAUUUUAAGAAAGCAAAAGUUCUCCCUUUGUCAGAAAGGCCAUGCUUUUGCAUACUCGUAUAAUGUUACUUGUGAUGCACACACACAUAGCUGAAGAUGUCUUGUAGCAAUAGAAUACAUUUUAUAAUUCUUUUUUUUUUAUUUGUAGCCUACAAUCUAGGUGCUAGAAGUAGAUUUCAGAAGUGUUUCUGGGUUUGUGUGCUAUUUAUAUGAAAUUAUAUUGUGUUACCAUUGAUGAAGCUCCGUCAUUUGCUUGAAGCACUGUUUUUUAUAGCCCUUAUUGAUCCUGUUGCAUGUCUGUCUUUUGUGAAUUUGACAUAUUUGUGCAAUCGUUUCUAGUAGUUUAGAAAAAAAAACUGUACUGUGUUGUUUCCAAAUUGGGUCAUAAAACAACAGUGUUUGAAACCAGUGCAGGAAAAGGUAAAGUUAUUGAAGGUAAUAUAAAAAACAGUGUUAACACCCUUUUUCCCACCACCAAAACUUGUGCCUUUGUCUGAACAAAACCAGUGGUGGUUAUUUUUGUUUUUAGGAUACCAGCAAGCUGUGGAUGUAUGUAUUUUAUGCUUUGUUAGUUUGAAGAUCCAUUUUAUACUUUCAUUUCAUUCGUUUUGACAAUAAUGCACUUUAUGAUGACAGUUGCUUUAGAAAAUAGUGUUUGUUUCCACUGCAGGUAUAGAUGAGUCUGUAGUUACUUUUGAAACACCAUGUUUUAAUGCUGAAUUGUAAAGAUUUUGUUCACUUUGAAUUAUUAUUAUUAUUUGGUUGUAUUUCCCUGAUAUGCUUGCUUGCUGUAUGUGUGAUUGUACAUGGUUGUGUGAAAGUAUAUGAGAGUUUUAUUUAUGCGGCUAUUUAUUUGAAUAAAAAUUUACCUAUUGAAAUGAA